AUGGUUCUAGACAAAGGCAAAGAUGUAGGAAAAGAUUUAGUGACUAAGGGUAGAGACUUGGCUAUUAGCAAGGGAAAAGAGUUGACACAAAAAGUGAUCAACAACGGGCUGGAAGCCACUCAGAAAGCGAUCGAAAGGAUCAGCCCGUUGACCUCCAAUCCACAGGUUAAAAAAGUAUUGCAAGAGCGUGCCAAGAAACUUGUCGACGAGCAAUCUGUUACCAUCUUGAGCAACAUCAUUGCAGUGAUAGAAACGACCAAGAUCGUAUCACCUUACUUUCGAGUGUUUGAGAAUUCCAUCGAGGACGAUUCGAUCACCGAGUUUGAAUACAUCAAGUAUCUUCUCAACGACACCAUGCUUGAAGUAAGAGGCAAGUUGGUCAAAGAGGACAAUACAAAGUACGUCGCCACCGACGUCGUCACGCUCGUCAACGACGGGUGGUCACUCCUUCGAUCUAUCCAAUACCAAAUCGACGGUCACAUUGUCAAGCACAUCAAUCAAUACUUACCACAAGCCAGCACGAUCAUGAACUUGGUACAAUUCUCGGAUGAUUACGAUUCGGGAAGUCAGUUGGCUGUCAGAGACUUUGCGAACCUCUACUUGAUCAUACUCGUCGACAUAUCCAAACACCGAGACAAGAUGAGGAUGGGUACGUUUGACAUCAAAGUGCGAUCAGCUGAGUGCGGCCCCAGGAUGGGGUUAUCACGUCUAUUGUGUGGUCUUGAAGACAUGAGUUGCAUCAAGUACGGAUUCACUCUGAUGGAUAGUCAAAAGGAAGUGCUACGAAAUGCUCAUCAUAAACAUAUGGGCUACACCCUGAUGCAAUGCAACAAGAUCACCAAGGCAAAAACUGAUUGUCGGAAUAUCGAGUUGAAAUUAUCCAAGUCGCAGAUAGCAAAAAAUGGUGGAGUAAUCGGUGCCAUCAUUGGUAAUAUAAUGCCUCAUAUCAUCAAACACGUUCCAAAGGUAGUCGGCGCCUUAGGUCUUGCAGCAGCAUCUGGUGGGAUACAGAAAGCCAUCGCUGGUAGUGGAAAGAAGUCAGGCAUAGUGACAUUUUCUGGUCAUUCAAACUUAGUACGGCAGCUGCAAUUUGUUCCUGCUGAGUCGCUGUCUCAUUUUGUGUCUCGAGCUGAGAAUGAAAGAGCAAUCAAUGCUUGGUCUAUUGCUUCAUCAAGUAAAAUGGACAGGAAAGCAGUUGCUACUUUUUCUGCCACAGCAGAACUUAAUCACAUGCAUGUAAACAAGCACCCGAAGAAACAAGAUAUGGUUUGUUUGGUUGCCUUGUCAAGAGAGGACUGUCUUCAUAUAUUUUCAGAACGUCUGGAUGGUUGUCUUGAAAAACCAAUUGCAUCUAAUUGCACCAUUCAAAUAGCAUCAUCAAGUGAAAGAGCUAAAUCAGUGGUUUCAUCUGUGCCAUUCUUGUCUGCUCAUUUGUGCUCUCAUUAUGAUGAAGCUCUUGUAAUAGCAUAUGGAUCCAUUGUUCGACCUGUUUUUGAAAACCUGUCGCCAGUACAAAAUGACAGACAUGUCUGCUUGGUGAGGCAUGUAGAAAAUAGCCAUCUGCUGAUUGGAACAAAGAAAUUAGAACACCAGAGACAUAAAGUGAAGGGGUCUUCUUCUGGUGGUCAUGUGUUGGGACCAAGUCAAAGACCGGUGGUUGGCCACCCACAAAACUCUACUCUAGGUGCUGAGCAGUCAAAGUUGAGCAUGCAAGAAAGAUUGAGUUCGUUAUCAGUUUCAACUACCAAGUUGAAGCCUUUGCCUAGUGGCUUUGGUGCACCUACUGCUGACUCCCUUUCUCAUAUGUUGGUUCAAGCUCUUCACAGUCAAGACAAGCUGCUGUUGGAGGCUGUACUUCGAAAUGUCAAGGAAAGAAUUGUACAAAACACUGUUCGACGAUUACCAUCAGCUCUUGUUGUAACUCUCAUAAAGGAAAUUGUUCAUCGGAUUCAAACGAAGCCAACAAGAGCUGUGGAAUUGGUGGUUUGGGUUCGAGCUACGCUGCUUGUUCACUCAUCUUACUUGAUGACGGUCCCAGGGUUGACAGACUCUCUUGGUAGCUUAUACGGUCUUCUCGAUGUUCGACGAACCAUUUAUCCAAAGUUGCUAGCUUUGCAAGGAAGAUUGGAUAUCAUGAUGUCUCAAAUUGCCAUGCAAGGAAACACCGAUGAUGGCAAAACUGACUCAGGAGCAAUGGCUGUGUAUACAGAGGAAGAAUUAGAUGAUGAAUACGUGUCUUUACCAGCUCAAGUAGACAAUGAGCAAUGGAGUGAUGAUUACAAUGAAGGGGAAGAGUACAAAGAUGAGGAUGAGAAAGAGGAAGUGGAGAAGGAGGAGGAAAAGGAGGAGGACAGUGAUGUUGAUUGCUGUGAAGGAAUUGAAGAAAAUGGUGACAAAACAGUUGACAGUAAUGAGGGGUCAGAGCAGGUAACUGAUGUAGACAGUGAUGAUAGAGCUAUGGGUGAGGAUGGAUGACGGACUCUCAUAGAUUAAUGCAUGCAGUAAUGGAGUUUUUGAAUAUGAUGGAUGCCAUGACACACUUGAUAUUUUUUCUUGAGCUUUCGAAGUUUGAAAGGUGGUUGAUACGCAGCCUCUAUUAUUUGGAGCUAGAGAAUUAUAUAAUAAUGAAAACCAA